UUGAUGGGCGUGAAACUAAAAGCAGACUAAAGAUAGAAACAAAAGAAUCAGACUUGAUCUAAGUUUACUUCAACUAGCUCUAAUUUAAGACUUAUUGAACACUUUAAGCGUUGUAUAACUUGACCAAAAUGGCUUUUCUUGAAACAGAUACUUUAGGACAAGAAAGAUUUUCACUACUUUUGUUAGAUCCUGGAGAAAUUUACUUUGAAGACUUUAGUGUGUUCUAUUAUCCUGCUGGCUUAUCUAAACAACAAUCUCUAAACAGGCAACAGCGAGGUCAUUUGAAGCUGUGCUCCAAGUCUAUAGUCUUUGUUCCUCAGGAGAUUUUAUUUCCGAUACUUAAGUUUCCUCUGAAGUAUGUGAAAAAUAUUGAUGAAUGGAGUGGAGGCCUGUUUACCAAAGUCGAGAGAGCUAUUCAAAUCCUAACAGACCUAACAGUUGAAAUGAAAGAAAAAAAUAUAGUGGCCCCGUUUGUAUUUAGAAAGGAAGAGUGCCAGCAUAUAUUUUCUCUGAACUAUGCCUCUGUGGAUGAUUGUUUGCCUCAGAUGUGUCAGCUACACAGAGCAUCAACCCUUCCCCCAGGAGAUCAACAAGCAAUGCUAAAUGCAAUAAUGCUGUCCCGGCAAUCCAGGGUCAAGUUUAAUACCAGUUGGCUGGAGGAUAUUUAUGAGAAGAUUAUUUUAGAAACACAAGGGGACAGAAUCACUCCUCUGGUCACAAAUCCGGGACGAAUUAUGUUGACCUCAAGCCGGCUUUAUUUCCAACCAUUCUGUAACAUUGAUAAGUGGCCUGUGUUGAAGUUACGUAUAAAGGAUAUCAAAAGAUUGAUUUGUCGUCGAUUUCUGUUAAGACAAUUGGGUCUUGAAAUCUUCUGUCGAGACACUGCACCAGUAUCACAUUUGUUUAUGGCUUUUAAGACAGAGAAGGCCAGAAACCAGCUUUACGAGAGUAUUUUACAUUUAUCAGAUCUGAAUUUAGAAGAAACUCGUCAAGAGGAUGUGACAUUAAAGUGGUCUAAUGGGUUCAUCUCUAACUACGAUUAUCUUUUAUACCUGAACAGUUUGGCAGACAGAAGUUUCAACGACCUGGCACAGUAUCCUGUCAUGCCCUGGGUCGUACAGGACUACUCAAGCAGCAAGCUAGAUCUUGAUGAUGAAGAUUCUUAUCGAGACUUGAGUAAGCCCAUAGGUGCAUUGAAUAAAGAACGUUUAGACAGAAUUAAGGAGAGGUUGCCAGACUUACCAGAGCCAAAGUUUCUGUAUGGGUCUCAUUACUCGACACCUGGUUAUGUUCUAUUCUAUUUGGCUCGUAUAGCUCCAGAGUACGUCCUGUGCUUACAAAAUGGAAAGUUUGAUCACCCAGACAGAAUGUUUAACAAUUUCUUUGACACUUGGAACAAUGUCUUAUGUGGAGCUUCAGAUUUUAAAGAAUUAAUUCCAGAGUUUUACAGUGGAAAUGGAGAUUUUCUUUUACAUAGAGGGCCAGUGACAUUUGGAUUUAGAAAUGAUGGCAGACCUGUAGGUGAUGUAGAAUUACCUCCUUGGGCGUCUUCUCCUGCAGAACUUGUUACCGUUCUGAGAAAAGCUUUAGAGUCUGACGUUGUUUCCAGGAAUAUUCAUCAUUGGAUUGACCUUGUGUUCGGCUAUCAGCAGCGAGGAGAAGAAGCUUGGAAGGCAGACAACGUUUUUUAUUACCUGACUUAUGAAGGAGCAAUAGAUUUAGACAGUAUUCAGGAUGCGUCAGAGCGUCGAAGUCUUGAGACCCAGAUCAUGGAGUUUGGACAAACACCCAAACAGUUGUUUAAAGGACCGCAUCCACAGAGAUUUAAGUCACAGAGUAUACCUAGCUACAUUUUAGAGUCUUCACUGCCCCAGUUAACCGCAGUACAAAGUUCAUCGCCGUCAGCCAAGGACAUUAACUUGACUUUUGAUACGGCUGAUUCAGUGGAUAACAUUUCUGCUAUGGGUUCAUCUAGCAGCCUUGACCUUACUAAACUCACCUGCCAUCUCCAGUAUGCUCUUCACAAAGAUGCUGUAGCAGAAGUCAGACUGUCUCCUGACGGAUUGAGCAUAUUUUCUGUAUCCCAAGAUAGUUUUUUGAAAAUGUAUUCUUUGGAAGAUCAGCGACAGCUUCGUAGUGUGAAUAUGUCUCUCAUGGCUUUAUCAUCCUGUGAAGUGAUGGAAGAUAAUAAAACUAUUGUUGUUGGCUGUUGGGACAAUAAGGUAUAUUUUUACAGUAUAGAAUAUGGACGAGUGUUGGACACAUUGAAUGGACAUGAUGAUGCUGUUUCUUGUGUGAAAUGGAAAUCUGGGAAACUAUUUACAGCUUCUUGGGAUUCAACAGUUAAGGUCUGGGAAAUGAAUUUUGCUGAAGCUCAAAAUGGAGGCUUGCCAUGUCCUGAAUAUCUGGGUCAGCUGGAUCAUGAUGAAGGUGUCACUUGCCUAGAUAUCGAUGAUGAGGGCAGCAUGAUGAUAACUGGCACAAAAGGAGGCCACUUGGCAUUGUGGGAUUUAUCCCAUUAUUAUAUAUUGGCUAUAGUAUCAGCCCACUCUGGCCCUUUGAAUGCGUGCCUGAUGAGUCAAGACAAACGUUGUGUAUACACUUGUGGUGCUGACAGUUUACUUAAAGUCUUCGACAUGGAGACUGUAACAGAGAUUUGUGCCAAAGACUUGCAGUAUUCAAUAUGCUGUAUGCGCCUAGUUGGAGCAACUUCCAUCCUAGUAGGUGACUCAGGGGGACAACUCUGUCUCUGGGAUAUGGACAAGGGGCAGUUAACUCAGACAUUGCCAGCACAUUCAGGGGCUGUCACUUGCCUAGAUCUCUCUAAAGGAACACUCUUGACAGGGGGCAGUGAUAAAACUGUGAAGUUAUGGAAGCAGCAGUGAGGUCAUUAGAACUACCCUUGUUUGAAAUGUGUGAUUGACAUCACUAUUUGAAAGGCUUUCCAGUACACUCCGCCCCCAAGUCUCUAAGAAAGUCUUCACAAGAUUCUAACAAUUUGGAAAAUAAUAGAAACAAUCAAAAGGAAAACUUAGAAAUUAUAUUGCAUAUAAAAUGCGGGAUCAUUUUAUGAUUUAAAUAAAACUUCUACACAAAAAGAAUCUGUUGAAAAGAUUUUUAUUAACUAUAAUUGGGUCCCUUGGUACACAUUUGAAAAAAAAAAAAUUUUAUUAACACAUGCACAGGAAAAAUCUUUGUUAAUAGAGUUUCAAAAGUGUCUGUCGAGCAAGUGUCGUGGCACUGGCAAUGAAGAACUAAUUAAUGUGCCAGAAAAAGGAAGUGGCAACAUGGCUGAAUAUAAUGAUCAACAAGUUUCAAGGUGUGAUUUUUUUUAUCACUACUUUCAAAGUGGCUACUACCUCUACCUUAAGUGUCUGACUGAUGUUGUUACUUUAAAAUGCAUUACAUCUACCACUGCUUAUCUUAUCUUAUAUAAUACAGACGUUACUUCAAAAAAAGAUUAUUAUGCCCUAUGUGUCAUGCAUUUAGUCAUGCAUAUUAACCAAUGACCUAAAUUCUGCUAAGUCACUGGAUUUCCUGGCUAGUUCAGGCAACCCAUUCCAUGCUCUAAUAGCUACCACAACAUUAGACUUCUGCCAUUAUUUCUAAAAUAUAACAUCCACCAUUACUUCAGAUGUGUGACUUCUGCCAUUAUUUCUAACAUGUGACAUCAUAAACUGCUUUGAAUGUGUGUGCUUUUUUAAAUGCUUGACUGCUACCAUCACUUUGUUUUGUGUGAAAAAAUAAUUUAAACAUUAAAUGUGAUACAUUUUAGAAGAAAACAUAUCUCUUGAGCUAUUCAAAUGUACUUAUAAAUGUUGGCAUAGAAUUCUAUCAUUUGUUGCAUCUUGUAAUUUUUUAAUUAUGGCUGUGAUUAUAGCACAAAUAAAAUGUUUGCAAGUGACUUCUUUGAAAAAGAUUGGCUACCUAUUAAGGGGGGUCCAAGUUGGAAUCCCAAAUUGAGUUGUGUUUGCUGAGUGUCUAAAGGCAGCAUAGACACCUCCCAGGUACCCUCUACCCCCCAAAAGAGAUUGAACCAGACGGCACUGAGUAUGAUAUGGCAUAAAAGAUGCACUAGACAAGAUCUACUCUAUCAUUUAAAAGUUAUUGAGUGUAUUUUUUUGAAAUUUAAAUUACUCAAUCAGCCAUUGUCAUUGAGAAUCAAAUAUGAAUCACCCUUUAGAGGAUAAUCGCAGCUUCAUAUGUGUUUUUACUUAAAAAUAACUAUUCCAUACAAGCCUCUAACGAUUUAUCCAAAGAGAAUUAUGCUGUCAUAAAAUAUUAAAACAUGCUAUUGAGAGAGAGAUGAAUGCUAGUAAUAUAAUUCUAAGCUGUUGUGUCAAAGAACAUAACAUUUUUUUAAUCUAAAACUUUUUUUUUUUUUUUUCAAUUUAUGAUUGAUAUUAGUUUUGACAUCAGAAAUCUUCCACUAUCUGCAUUACUUUGAUAUAAUUUUAUUGUUUCAAUGACUGAGUGGCAAAAAUCUGUAAAAAAAAAAAAAAAAUCUUUACAUAUUUUAAAUGUGCCUUGGUCUGCUGGAUGUAGAAAAACGCAUAGUUUUUUUUUUAAAUGCAGUACUGUACAUGUGUUUGUUAUUGAUUUUGUUAUAUGCUUUGCUAUACUUUAAUAAGUCUAGUCAGAAGUAAAAGGUUGUUAUCAAAUAUGCUUUAGUUUUUAAUAUUUGUUGUAUAGUAGAUAUAAAAAAGUGAAAGAAUUCUACCAUCUGUCUUUCAAUCUGCUUGUAUGUCUAUGAUAUCACUAGAUUUUAACAAAAUAAUAAAAACCAUAUCCUUAAAA